UCGGUGCUGACCUUGCUCGCCUCAAACAGGGGUUUCAAUAUUUUAUUCAUAAUUCUAGUACGAUAGGCUGCCCCUAUGGCUGCAUCGGAUGGAAUGGAGCCAUGCAUUCUGCAGCGAGGCAGAUCUCAAAGUGACCCGAACAUCCUUACCGAGUCGAGCAUCGAUCUAUCGCAGAGCACAGAUGUGCUGGAUCCGCAGAGGAUGCUGCGCUCCAGUUGCCUGGUGACGGGGGUGCACACGCCCCCCAUCCGCCGCAACAGCAAGCUGGCCACGCUGGGCCGCAUCUUCAGGCCCUGGAAGUGGAGGAAAAAGAAAACGGAGAAGCUCAAGCAGAGCUCCACAGAUGUAGCACUAGCAUGCGGCCUCCACAGCAACGACCCCGGCCCCCCCAUUCAGGGUGUGUCAGACAUGGAGGGCCGGCUGCCGCCUACACUACCCAACAUGCUCAGCGUCAGCAGCAUGGAGUACCUGGGCUCUGACCAGGAGCCCCUCCCACCCCCGCCUGAGCUCCCUGAGGAGGCCGACUCGUUAGAGGAGCCCUCAAACCCGGAGGAGGAGGAAGAGGAUGAGUUGGGGGAGGAGGAGGAAGAUGAGGACGAAGAGGAGGGCGACCCCACUGACGGCAUGCUGGAAUGUAUAGAGGGUGCGGAGCAGGAGGGCCUGGAGCAGAGCCUGCAAGGCCACUCUCCUCCCGGCGUGCCCGGCCCACUGGCCUCUCAGCUGGGCAGCGAGGAAGACGACCAGGGUGUAGCCAUGGCGCCCAUGCACCAGUCCAACUCGUUCCUGCAGAAGGAGCCUCCCCGGGUACCCGAGGGCCCCUGCGUCCCGAUGCGGGGUCCCCUCUCCAACGCCGUGGUGUCCCCGCACCUCGGCAGCAUGCACCCACCACUGCCCCCUAGCUGCAUCAUCGAGGAGCUGCACCGAGCGCUGGCCAACAAGCUCAGCAAGAGUUUGGAGAGAGAAUCCAGCGAGGCCGAGAGCCGGAGGGACUCGGAGGAGAACAAGGAGAACGUGCGGAUAGACCAGUGGUUCACCGACGCCUCAGGCCACAUAUUCGACCAGGAGAGCUGGAACGACUCCGUUAUCUCUGGUUCUCUUCCUCGCAGGAUGAGGAAAGAGCUGCUGGCGGUUAAACUGAGGAACCGGCCCAGCAAACAGGAACUGGAGGACAGGAACAUCUUCCCUACACGCAGCGACCAAGAACGACAGGAAAUCAGGCAACAGAUUGAGAUGAAGCUCGCAAAGAGACUAAGUCAAAGGCCGGCGGUUGAGGAGUUGGAAGGCAGGAAUAUUUUGAAACAGAGGAACGACCAGACAGAACAGGAGGAGAGGAGAGAAAUCAAACAGCGACUAAACAGAAAGCUCAAUCAGAGACCCACGGUAGACGAGCUGCGAGAGCGGAAGAUCCUGAUCCGCUUCAGCGACUAUGUGGAGGUGGCCAAGGCUCAGGACUACGACCGCAGGGCAGACAAGCCCUGGACCAGACUAUCUGCGGCCGACAAGGCUGCAAUCCGUAAGGAGUUGAAUGAGUUCAAAAGCACCGAAAUGGAGGUCCACGCAUCCAGCAAGCAUCUCACGAGAUUUCACAGGCCUUAGAGGACUUUCUUCCAUGAAGAAAUGAUGAAGCAAGAUUUUCAUUUUUUCGUCUGUGAAAAUCCUGGAGGCGAUUUUUUCCUCCAGGGCUCCCCCCUCUGGUUCUGUCCACGGGCUUGCGUCCUUACUCUUCCAGUGCCCUGGCUUCUUCCACGAAGGGUGGUGGGGCGACUGUGAUGUUUUUGGGGAGGCGCCCGGAGGCCAUGCUUCAUCAGCCAGAAGCGGCCUGCAGGACACUCCAAACAGGAGCUUUGGGGGCGAUGAUCCACUUUUUAGUGGAAAAAAGGAAAGAGGAACAGAAGUGGAGAAGUGUAAUUCAGUGUAUUUUUUGGUUUUGUUUCUUUGUUUUUUUGAAAGGAUUUCAUUUUUUUUUGAAAGGACAGUUGUUUCAAGAGACCAUCAGUGUUUUUGGUGGAAGUUGUGCAUGUGUGACCAGCUCCACUUAAAAAAAAAAAAUGUUGAAAAAAAAAAAAAAAGUGAAAUACUGUUAUACUUGAGGGUCAUGUGGGGAGAGUACAGGUCUUUGGGGUGAAUUUCAUAUCGAGGUGUGCGGAGAAUCAGUCUGAACAGGGUUGUUCAUGUCUUCACUUGAAAAAGAAAAAAAAAACUUUGUAAGAACUACUUGUCUUCAUAAUACAAGACUUUUUUUAAAAAAAAUAUGCAGUGUCUUCUUGAUCCAAACAUACCAAAAUCUGUAGCCAAGAACAGGUUAUGAAGACGAUGUGUAGCAGUUGUCAUCAUAAUGAUAGAAUGACUGAACAUGUGUCCUGGAUUCCCUAUGUUUUUGUGUUUAACUACACAAUGUUUUAACAUGUGAUUGUGGAGGGAAAAAUCAAGACAUAGCACUGACUACCUUUUUUUCAUCAAUCUUUUUUUUUAUUAUUAUUAAUGUGGUUUUAAUAAUAUAUUAACAAUAAGGCAAUCAAUUUUUCCAUAUGAAUAAAUACAUUUUACACAUGAAUUCAUUAUUUAGAUUAAAAAUUGUGUGAGUGAAUUGACACACUGAGAGGUUUGACAACCUUAAAUAAAUAGACUCAUUGAACUGAAUAAA